AUGUCAUUGCUCAGCUUGUCGACUCGCCAGCCAGACUUGUUGGCCCAGCCAGCAACGGAUGAAGGGGAUUUCAAGCAAUUUCCCAAUGUUACUAGACUUGAUUUAGAGGCUCCUAAAAAUACGGCAACUGCUGUUCCGCACGAAUUAGCCGGUGAAGAAUCGAGGGCCCGAAGUCGAGUCGUUGAUUACAUAAAUGCGCAAAGAAUGCUCGGUGGCACCGCUCAUGCUGAACAAUUGCUACUUGAGCUGAACUCGGCAGCACAAAUCAAUCGCGGCCCAGAUGGUAUUUUUGAGUCGUCACGUCUUCAUUGGGACAUGCUUCUGGGACGGGAUGAAAGGAUUUAUCCAUCCGAUUAUCUUAAUUUCGAUUCUAAAAUGAGGUUCUGA